ACCACGCUGUCAGCUGUUGUUUCGCGAAAUGCUUCUUCUUGCGAAUGCCAAUUACCGCGUCGCGUCUCUUUGUGAUGAUGGGAUGGACUCAAUUACUACAAUUACAAUAGAGAUUGCAACAAAUUAAAUCAGCGUCGUGUGGUGUUGUCGUGUCAGUGACGUGCCUGUGUGUGUGUGUGCUCGCGAGCACUGAUAACUGAUAGCCAAGGAAAAAAGUAAAUAAACAACCGUCACCUUGCGGCGCAUCAAAAGCCACUGGCUGCAACAGCAACUGGAUCACCAACAACAACAACAGCACCACCAGCAGCAGUGAGAGCGAGCGAGAGAGUGUGCAGCGGGACAGGGAACGAGAUAGAUAUAUAACGAUCGAGCGGAACAUCUGACAGCGCCACAAGAUGAUGAUGGAGAACGGACUCUCCAUGGAGUACGGAGAUGGCUACAUGGAGCAGGAGGAGGAGUGGGAGCGCGAGGGCCUGCUCGAUCCUGCGUGGGAGAAGCAACAGAAGAAGACAUUUACCGCCUGGUGUAACAGCCAUUUGCGCAAGGCCGGUACAGCCAUCGACAACAUCGAGGAGGACUUCCGCAACGGCCUCAAGCUGAUGCUGCUGCUGGAGGUGAUCUCCGGCGAGACGCUCCCCAAGCCCGAUCGCGGCAAGAUGCGCUUCCACAAGAUCGCCAACGUGAACAAGGCUCUCGACUUCAUCGCCUCCAAGGGCGUCCACCUGGUCUCUAUCGGCGCCGAGGAGAUCGUCGAUGGAAACUUGAAGAUGACUCUGGGUAUGAUCUGGACGAUUAUCCUGCGCUUCGCCAUUCAGGACAUCUCCGUGGAGGAGAUGACCGCCAAGGAGGGUCUGCUGCUGUGGUGCCAGCGCAAGACGGCUCCCUACAAGAACGUCAACGUACAGAACUUCCAUCUGUCGUUCAAGGAUGGUCUGGCCUUCUGCGCCCUUAUCCAUCGCCAUCGUCCAGAUCUAAUCGACUACGCCAAGCUGUCCAAAGACAAUCCUCUGGAGAAUCUUAAUACUGCCUUCGAUGUGGCCGAGAAGUACCUGGAUAUUCCGCGCAUGUUGGAUCCAGAUGAUUUGAUCAACACUCCGAAACCGGAUGAACGUGCCAUCAUGACGUACGUCUCCUGCUACUACCACGCCUUCCAGGGAGCUCAACAGGUUGGAAAUGUGACGCAUGUACCCGAACCCACAAGACAAUACACCUACGUCCCGAAUAAUUACAAUGCGGAAACCGCUGCCAACCGGAUCUGCAAGGUGCUCAAGGUCAACCAGGAGAACGAACGCCUCAUGGAGGAGUACGAGCGUCUGGCCAGUGAUUUGCUGGAGUGGAUCCGUCGCACCAUGCCCUGGUUGAACUCGCGCCAGGCCGACAACUCGCUGGCAGGUGUGCAGAAGAAGCUGGAGGAGUACCGCACCUACCGUCGCAAGCACAAGCCACCACGUGUGGAGCAGAAGGCCAAGCUGGAGACCAACUUCAACACGCUGCAGACCAAGCUGCGCCUGUCCAACCGGCCCGCCUACCUGCCCACCGAGGGCAAGACCGUGUCCGACAUCUCCAACUCGUGGAAGGGCCUGGAGCUGGCCGAGAAGGCCUUUGAGGAAUGGCUGCUGGCCGAGACCAUGCGCCUGGAGCGCCUUGAACAUCUGGCCCAGAAGUUCAAGCACAAGGCCGAUGCCCACGAGGACUGGACGCGUGGCAAGGAGGAGAUGCUGCAGUCGCAGGACUUCCGCCAGUGCAAGCUCAACGAGCUGAAGGCCCUAAAGAAGAAGCACGAAGCCUUUGAGUCUGACCUGGCCGCCCACCAGGAUCGUGUGGAGCAGAUUGCCGCCAUCGCCCAGGAGCUUAACACUCUGGAGUACCAUGACUGUGUGUCUGUGAACGCCAGGUGCCAGCGCAUCUGCGACCAAUGGGAUCGCUUGGGUGCUCUUACCCAGCGCAGGCGCACCGCCUUAGACGAGGCCGAGCGAAUCCUGGAGAAGAUCGACAUCUUGCAUUUGGAGUUCGCGAAGCGUGCGGCGCCGUUCAACAACUGGCUGGAUGGUACGCGCGAGGAUCUUGUGGACAUGUUUAUUGUACACACCAUGGAGGAAAUCCAAGGCCUGAUCCAGGCGCACGACCAGUUCAAGGCGACCCUGGGUGAGGCCGACAAGGAGUUCAACCUGAUCGUGAACCUGGUCCGCGAAGUGGAGUCGAUUGUGAAGCAGCACCAGAUCCCCGGCGGCCUAGAGAACCCCUACACCACCCUGACCGCCAACGACAUGACGCGCAAGUGGAGCGACGUCCGCCAACUGGUGCCCCAACGCGACCAGACUUUGGCCAACGAGCUGCGCAAGCAACAGAACAACGAAAUGCUCCGCCGUCAGUUUGCCGAGAAGGCCAACAUUGUCGGCCCCUGGAUCGAGCGGCAAAUGGAUGCUGUUACGGCCAUCGGUAUGGGACUGCAGGGAUCGCUGGAGGACCAACUGCACCGGCUCAAGGAGUACGAGCAGGCCGUCUACGCCUACAAGCCGAACAUUGAGGAGCUGGAGAAGAUCCACCAAGCGGUGCAGGAAUCGAUGAUCUUCGAGAACCGAUACACCAACUACACGAUGGAAACGCUGCGCGUCGGCUGGGAGCAGCUGCUUACAUCUAUCAACCGCAACAUCAACGAGGUGGAGAACCAGAUUCUCACCCGCGACUCCAAGGGCAUUAGCCAGGAGCAGCUGAACGAAUUCCGCAGCAGCUUCAACCACUUCGACAAGAACCGCACCGGCCGACUGUCGCCCGAGGAGUUCAAGUCGUGCUUGGUCUCGUUGGGCUACUCGAUUGGCAAGGAUCGCCAGGGUGAUUUGGACUUCCAGCGCAUCCUCGCCGUCGUCGAUCCCAACAACACUGGCUACGUGCACUUCGACGCCUUCCUCGACUUCAUGACCCGCGAGAGCACCGAUACCGACACUGCCGAACAAGUCAUCGACUCCUUCCGAAUCCUGGCAGCCGACAAGCCAUACAUUUUGCCCGACGAACUGCGUCGCGAGUUGCCGCCAGACCAGGCCGAGUACUGCAUCCAGCGCAUGCCGCCCUAUAAGGGACCCAACGGAGUGCCCGGCGCCCUGGACUACAUGUCCUUCAGCACAGCUCUCUACGGCGAGACCGACUUGUAAGAGCGCAAGGCACCACCCGCAUCCGAAGGACUGCAUCGGCGAACCCGAGCAGAGCCAGAUCAUAUAAUAAUGAUAAACUUUAAUAAUAAUAAUAUUAAUAAACAUAGAUUUAUUAUACCUACACUCGUAACAGUAGCUGCAGAAGAACUUCAGAUCAUCAUGUGAGGAUGAAUAUAUUUAUUAAUUUCCGUCUCGAGCCGAUGUAUGCGACCCACACAUACAAAACACACAAAAAACAAAUGAAAAACAAACAUAUUAUGAAAUGAAACACACAUACAUUUAAAACAUUUGUAAAACAGCAAGGCAACCAUAAACUGCAUAUCGAAUAUUUAAAUCUAAUUACAAAAACCAAGUCCAAAAAACGCUAAAAAAAAGCUAAAACUUAUUUUUUGAAAUUUAUGUUAAUAAAAACAAAAUCCAUACAUAAAAACCAAAAACAAAUAGAAAUCUGAACGAGAUUACUUUCCUUGAGUCUACAACGAAAUUGAUACCAUAGGGGCGGUAACUAGACAAAAGUGGGGAAUUAGACUACUUCCGUUUCCGCUCACUCACCUUGAGGUUCCACCAGACAGACAGAGAUGGCGAUAGAGCGAGAGAAAUAGAGAGAGAGAUAGAGGCCACUAGAUAAAAGGAAGAAUACUCUUCUAGUUUCACACAAUUACUGUAGACAUUUAUUCAUCAACAAUUUUCGAACUAUCUCGAAUAUUUUCACAUUUUCAGAUGUAAAACUACAAUCCAUAUACACCACUCACAUAACGAAAGAUGAAUAAAGCGAUUUUUUGUGGAUACUGUUUUCGUACCGGCAAUGCCGCCAGUUUUUCAAAAAGUUUUUGGCCGGGGGGAGAAAAGAAAUAAAACCAUCUUAAUUCUGAGUUGGACAUGGGUUUUUUUUUAUUCAUGGUUCGUUGAAAUUUUGAUUCUUGGUAAUCCUUUAAAAAUAAUUGCAUAAAUAAGUUGUAAUUUUAAGAUGUGUUUGGAUCGAAUGAUCUAUCAGCUACAAAGUACUACAUAAACACAGCACAAACACACUACAUUCACCCACAGGCACACGAUUUCCAUGCCGCUUUACAAAACCAGGUUCGGAUCAAGGCAAUCUAAGUUCAUCAUGGUCAUCAGAAGCUAGUCCUGCGAACUGCUCCAUUCCUCUUUCAGCUCCGAUUCGCACCCGCACCAGUGCAACGACGUAGGACUUAAGCAUUCCAUUUGUUAUACCCCUGCAGAGGCUUUAUGAAAUCAAUAAAUAAUCAUUCCACUGAUUUACUAUUCUUGCUUAAUAUGUGAAUGUGUAAGGCUGCCAUAUUCAAAGUAAUGAAUUUGAAGCCAAUUUGUUAACAUCGGACAAGUAUAUAAAGCUUUUAAGGUAAGAUAAGUGUUAUUGGGAGAUCAUAAGAGUUUUGCCCAACAGGGAAGACUGUACAGCUGAAGUAACUUUUAAGUGCUAAGAGGUAUCAUCUUGAACCAAUAUCCAUCGUAUUUAUGUAUAUUUUCAGGGUUUUAGCCCAUUUCCAAAUUUCUGCAAGGGUAUAUAAACUUCGGCUUGCCAAAGUUUGUUUCCGUUCACGUUUCUUGUUUGGUUUGCAUGGUAUCAAUCAACUCCUGAUUUUUAAAUACAUUUUCAAUGUUUAACAACAACAAUUGAAUUCUCAUAUGUGUAUAAAUAUAUCUAUGCUUAACAAACUAAUUUACAUUUGUAUCUCUCGCCAUCUCUCUAAAAUAUCU